CCCUUCUGGUCCCUUGGACCGACAUAAUGAUGAUCGGACUCACGACCAAAGAAUAGAAGGGCCUGACGCUCAACAUCCACCGUAGGAAUCAUUUGGCUGGUACUCCGUAACUAGUUACAGCCAGGUGCUUACGUAUGCCUUCGUCCUGCUACCUCCUUCUCGUUGGCUUGGUCCCUCCAUCCUGGAGGCCAGACACGUAAGCAUGGCAGAUCGAACGGUCUGACUGACUGCGGCCGAGCCCUCUCAGUACGUACCCUUUUGCUUGGUCGCAGCGUUCGGCAUGUACAAAGAGGGUCCGGGUCUGCUGCAUCGGACUGCCGAGGCGAGGGUGGAAUUCCCUUGACUCUGUAUUUGAGAGGCUGCGCGACCUUAAUCGUGACCCUGGGAUUUUUCCACAAUUUUCGGGGAACAAUCUUGGACGAUUGGACAACACUCUCCCAAUUUCCGCCCGGUCAAGCUGUCAAUGCCCCGCACAUCGAUGGUGUACCGCAACCUCUCCAGUCAGGCCAGUGACUAUCCCGACUACGAGCUCACGAACGUCCCAUACACGACCACCGGUAACAACGCCGCAGCAGCCACCCAUCCAGAGGUCAUGGAGAAGUCUAUGAAGCCCACAGCAGCCGCAACGAAACCCUGGUACGAUCCGCGCGGCUGGUCGUUGCUCACCAAGUCGCUUGUUGCGGCCGGGGUGGUUGUCGCCAUCGUUGCCCUCAUCGUCGGACUCGUCGAGGGCCUCAAGUCGUCCUCGUAUCCCGACUACUCUGCGCUGAGCUACACCCUGUCUCGCAAAUACUCCGGGUCUUCCUUUUUCGACGAGUUCGAUUACUAUACCGCCACCGACCCGACGGAUGGAUUUGUUCAAUAUGUGGACUCUUCCACGGCCUCGGAGCUGAACCUGACCUACGCCUCCAGCUCUCGCGCCGUGCUGCGGGUCGACACCAGCACCUCGAACCAAACCAGCGGUCGACGGUCGGUGCGCGUGACCUCGAAGGAGACGUACGAGAACGGACUCUUCAUCUUCGACAUCGUGCACACCCCGUACGGCUGCGCGACCUGGCCCGCGCUCUGGCUCACGGACCCGAACAACUGGCCGGAGCACGGCGAGAUCGACGUGCUCGAGUCCAACAACAAGGGCACGCACGGCAACGCGAUGACCCUGCACACGACCAGCGGGUGCAAGAUGAACGUCAAGCGCAAGGAGACCGGCUCUCCGUCGUACACCAACUGCUUGAACACGGCGAACGACAAUGCGGGGUGUGGCGUGACCGGCGGGAAAGCGACGUACGGGCAGGCCUUCAAUGAGAACGGGGGCGGGGUCUACGCAAUGGAACUCCGCGACGCCGGCAUCCGGGUGUGGAUGUGGGCGCGCGACGAGAUCCCCGACGACAUCUCGAACUCCAGCAGCAGCCCCGACCCGUCCACCUGGGGGGAAGCGCUGGCGGACUUCCCCAGCACGAACUGUGAUAUCAGCUCUCACUUCACGAACCAGAGUAUCAUUGUGAACAUCGAUGUCUGUGGCGACCUCGCGGGGGCGUCGACCUAUUACACCGAUCUCUAUGGGUGUCCAGAUACGUGCACGCAGUGGGCAGCGGAGAACGGGGCCAACUUCACCAAUGCGUACUGGGAAUUCAAUAGUUUCAAGGUGUAUCAGACUUCGUCGGGCGCGUCGACGACGGCGACGACUACCUCUUCUGCGGUGGGGGCAACGUCUACGGCGGCUUCGGUGGGGACCACGUCUGCUGAUGCGGCGUCGGCGACGUCUCAGGCGCAGUCGCAGGGGCAGAGUCAAGGGGAUACUUCGUCGCAGCAACAGCAGGGCCAGCAGGGCCAGCAGCAGCAGCAGCAGCAGCAGGGAGGACAGUGAUUAUGGGAGUUGGUUUGGGUUGUUUUCAGCGAAUGCGUUUUUUCCCUCCGUAUUUUACAUAGCUUAUACACAUUAGUCGGGUUCAGAAUAAUCUCGUGUCAGGCGCUUCCUUGUGAUCUAGCAUUAUCUGCUCUAAUCUGGAGUCGUGGUGGAUUAUCUGCGCGCCACGUUUUUUUUUUUU